UUGGCUCUGAGGGGCGGGGCCUCUGCGCGCUUCGCUUCGCUCCCCAGUUUGUCCCUCGCGCGGUGCCGUCGGGCUCUGCGGAGGUGGGCGUGGGAAGGGGAAAGGAUACGGGGCCCAACGGGGCAGGACGGGGCCGCAGAGCCGCUUAGUGGACUUCGGUGUCGCCGGCAUGGACUCCUGGGUCCGCUUCAGCGCCCAGAGCCAGGCCCGGGAGCGCCUGUGCAGGGCUGCCCAAUAUGCCUGCUCCCUUCUUGGUCAUGCACUGCAGAAACAUGGGGCAAGUCCAGAACUUCAGAAGCAAAUCCGACAGUUGGAGGGUCAUCUGAGCCUUGGACGAAAACUUCUUCGCCUGGGUAAUUCAGCAGAUGCCCUCGAGUCCGCCAAACGGGCUGUGCAUCUGUCAGAUGUCGUCCUUCGGUUCUGCAUCACUGUCAGCCAUCUCAAUCGAGCCUUGUACUUCGCCUGUGACAACGUCUUGUGGGCUGGAAAGGCUGGGCUGGCUCCCUUUGUGGACCAGGAGAAAUGGGCCCAGCGUUCAUUCAGGUACUACUUAUUUUCCCUCAUCAUGAAUUUGAGCCGUGAUGCCUAUGAGAUCCGACUACUGAUGGAGCAGGAGUCUUCAACUUGUGGCCGUCGGCUGAAGGGCUCAGCAGGAGGGACCCUGGGAGGUGGCGAAGCUGAGGUUGCAGUGGGGGGCAGUGCCCCAGGAGGGAGUCUGCCCUAUCUGGCCCUGCAGCUUCGACUUCAGGUUCUUCUCCUCGCCCGGGUUCUACGAGGCCAUCCUCCCCUCCUGCUAGAUGUGGUCAGAAAUACUUGUGACCUCUUCAUCCCUCUGGACAAGCUAGGCCUGUGGCGUUGUGGCCCUGGAGUUGUGGGGCUCUGUGGUCUGGUGUCCUCCAUCCUAUCUAUCCUCACCUUGCUCUGUCCUUGGCUUCGACUCAAGCCCUGACACUAAAUUGUAGGGUGGAGGAGAGUCUGAGCUGAAAAUGGAGAGAGGUGGCAGGUUCUUUCUCUUGUUCCAUUGUUACCCUGACUUUCCUUCUAGUUAAAAGAAUUAGAGAUGAAGAAUGACUAGGGGAUAAAGGGUGGCCCUUGGGUUCAAUGGGAUAAUUCUCUCCCUCUCUUAUUGCACUGAUUCUUUAUGUCUCUUGAGUCUCUUCUUGCUAUUUUAAAUUAAAUUUUAUUUUUUUCAAUCAAUAAAAAUCCUCCUCCUCUCUCUCCCACUCCCCCAUUGAGAAAGAAAAAACCCCUAUUACAAACAUGUAUAGUUAUCAUCUUACUUUUUUCUAAUUUCCCUCUCAGAUUUGUUUCUGAGACUAAUUUCUUCCUCAUCCUUUAUCCCAGUUAUUUCAUUACUAGGUACCUUUCCCUUGAGGAAAGAAGAGAGACUCAGGAUUUUGAUCCAUAAUGCCUUAGCUAUUCCUCUUUUGGUACAGAGGACGAUGGGCUGGAUGGAGAAUGGCCCAGUUGUCUCCCCUCAGCUUUUUGUCCAUUGGUGCCAUUUUUUCUUCCUCUUCUGUCCUCACUCCUGUAUUCUUGGUCAUGGCUUUUGUUUCUCAGGCCCUUUUACCUUCCAGUCUCAUUCCCUACCUAUGAUGCUGUCUGGGUUCAGCAUCCUACUGUAAAUACUGUACAAUGACCUGUAAAUAGCUCUGGCCAAAGCCACUGCCCGCUGGCCAACUCAAAGGGCAACAGAUUAAAGAUGAGUCUUGCUCAUUGA